UCCUCUAAAGCCUCUUGUGCUUAUAUAAUAUUAAACUCUCUGCUAAUCUCUCUUAAUUCCACAUCUGGGUUUCUAUUCUUUAUCAUUAUAUUAAACAUAACACAUGAACCUUAAAGAGUACUAAAAUACAUUGUUAAUUCACAUUUUAUUAAAAGAUUUAUAUUAAAAAUCCAUUCUUUGUAUUAUUUAUACAUAUAUAUAUAUAUUUGUCCUCCAUUAAGGAAGAAAUCAAGAAAGUCUGGUUCUUGAAUCUUGAUUUUGAAGAUUCAAAGAUGGGUCUUUUAGACGAAGGUGGAUUCUGUUUCUCCUUGCUUUCUUGAUUCAUGGACAAGUACCCCCAGAACCUUUGCUCUGCAACACUAUUGUGUCAAAUGCAACAGAUAACAAAAAGAAACUAGAGGAUUUCAUUACAUGUAGUAACAUACCAAGAUAAGUAUUUGUGCGCGCGCGCGUGUGUUUGCAUGUGCAUUUACUUAGGCAACCCAUAUCUUUAAUGGCAGGCAAGGUAAGAGGCCUGUGAAACUGUUGUCCAUCUUAGAAAAAGCAAUGUCUUUUUUGGAUCUGCAUGUCUUUAUAAUCACUGGAUUUAAAGGGUUGUGUGUGUCACCUUAUCUUUUUGCUGUUACAUUCAUGGUAGUACUCUGGAAAAAUUCAUGGCCUUGACAGCUAUAAUGAUGUACCAUUCAUCACUUGUCUUGGGCUUUGUAUUUUCCCCUUGUCACUGGGAGUUAUUACAUCAACUGAGGUUGUUGUUGAUGAACAUCAAACAAGUUUCUUAUGUUUCAUUACUGCAUUACUAGCAUUGUAUUUUAAUUUCUACUCGACUGCUAUCUGCGUUCAGCAUAGCGAUUUUAUUUGCCUUUUAGGCUUGUUUAAUAAAUUCUACUCAACUUCUUCCCUACAGGGGAAGGACAAACUGAUGUGGGGUUACUGAAAAGGAGUUGGAAAUGGCAUCAACUUCUUGUGCUAAGCAGAGUCCACUGCCCAUGAGAGAACCAGUUAUGAGCUAUGUUCAAUAUCCAGCACCUGGGGCCACAUAUGAGGAUGUUAUAGUUAGCACUAAGCUUUUUAUGGAAACUUUGGAGAAGUUUCAUGCAGCCAUGGGAACCAAGUUCAUGAUCCCUAUUAUAGCGGGCAAGGAACUGAACUUGCAUCGGCUUUUUGUGGAGGUGACGUCUCGUGGUGGUAUUGAGAAGAUUAUUAGAGAGAAAAGAUGGAAAGAAGUGACUUCUGUUUUCAACUUUCCAUCUACGGCCACAAAUGCAUCUUUCGUGCUGCGCAAGUACUAUGGUUCCUUGCUUCAACACUAUGAACAGCUUUACUACUUUAAGGCUCGGAGUUGGAGCCCUGUCUCUCCUGUUCCUUUGCAGAGUCCAUUGAUAUCACAAUGUUCAGCUCACGUGACUGUGCAGCCGUCACCAGAAUACCAAGCUGCUGCAGUCAAGCAAAAAAACACAAACACUGCAGAGUUGCGUGGAGUUGUAGCAAUGCCAGGAUCAUCUGCAAGUCCUCCAGUGGUGGGGGUAAUUGAUGGGAAAUUUGAGGGUGGGUAUCUUGUUACUGUCACGGUAGGUUCAGAGAAGCUCAAAGGUGUUCUUUAUCAGGCACCACAGAACCAAUCAUGGCCAGUGCCGCAGCCUCAUGGUGUGUCUGCCAACAAUAGUUUUAAUACAAACCCUGUACCAUCCGCCAGGAAUAGUGGUAAUACACACCCAGUACCAGGUACACGACGCCGGCGCCGUAGAAAGAAAAGUGAGAUAAAAAGAAGGGACCCCGCUCAUCCAAAACCUAACAGAAGCGGCUACAAUUUCUUCUUUUCUGAGCAGCAUGCAAGACUCAAACCACUUUACCCAGGGAAGGAUAGAGAGAUCAGUAGGAUGAUUGGUGAGCUAUGGAACAAAAUAAAUGAUUCUCAGAAAGCGGUUUAUCAGGAAAAAGCUCUUAGAGAUAAAGAAAGAUACAAAAUAGAAAUGGAGGGUUAUCGAGAGAGAUUGAGAACGGGGAAAGUUAUUAUUGACGCAGUUCCACUGCAGCAGUGGAUACCAGGUAAAGAUUCUGAGAUGGUGGAAGCAAGUGUCAGAACUGAGGAAACUGGAGGGGGGUCUCUUCAGAAUGAUGGCAGUUCCAGUGAAAGUGAUUCUGAGGAUGAUGAUAGAACUGCAGAAAAAGAUUCGGACAUGGAAGCUUCUCCAGUAUAGGGAUUGGGUGCUGAUUCUGGCGACAUGGAUGUGGAGACUUCAGCUGAGGUGACAGGUUUUAAGUUAUCUAAGAGAGAUGAGGAUGUUGGAAAGUCUGGCAACUCAACCAAGGAAAAGUAGGAGAGUACUGUACUUGAGACUCGGAAAGGAAACGCACAUGGUGACAGACAUUGAAACUCUUAUGGUAAUUUUACCUUCUAGUUUUCUUAAUUGUCUAGAACUCUUUCCUUUUAUUUUUCGGAGGUAGUGUUAGUCAUGAUUUAGUGUGGAGCAGGAGUUUUAUAUCUAACUUCUGACAGAUUUGUGGUCAGGUGAAAUCUUGAAGCAUUUGUCCAACAUUACGCAUCAGUUUGUUUGGAAACGCGGUUGAAACUAUAUACCUUAAAUUUUAAA